AUGUCGUCGAACCAAAGUUUAUACCGAAUAGACACGGGUGACACAAACGAGCUUGCAGGUCGGCAGCAGGAGGAGGGCCCAGGGGUGACUCAGGAAAGCAAAACAUCCCUUGUGCUACCUGCAGACAAUGAAGAUGUGUCAGAUCACAUUUCAGCUCCUACUAGUAGCUCUGAAUUGAGUAAACCAGAGCAAAAACUUACAGCUGAAAGUGUGGAGGACACACUGCAGCCACAAGAACAGGAAGUUGACCAAGUGUGUUUCUACGUAGCUCUUGAUGAAAUUCCUGAAGAAUUUGUGUCAGAUUUUACUGUGUAUUUUAUGAGAGACUGCAAAGAAAGAGUUCCUGAACCUAAUGACCUGACUGAAGCUAAUGAGGUUCUUCCUAAAGUGAUAAAGUUUGGUGCUCUGACUGAUGAUGCUCUUUGUAUGUUGAAGAAUGCCAUUCCACAGCAGGCUGAGGAAACUGCCUUUCCUCCUGACAAUGAAAACAUGGAUGCUGAGGAAAGGAAUUUACCUCAAUCUGAGCUUGCAGAAGGGAAAGAACAGCCUGUAGAACACAGGGAUGAGAUUCCAACAAACACAGAAGAAUUCUUAAGUGUAUCUCAGGACACUACACAACAAAUUGAAAGUGAGUAUAUUGAACUCAAUAUGCCAACUGUAAAUAUAGAUGGAGAAGUGACUGUUCUUGCCACAGUUCCAGAAGUGGUUGAAGCUCUGGAAAGUUAUGCAGUGAACUGGCAGAAAUUAAUAUCCACAGCUCUAGGGGAAGAACUGAAAAAAGUUCCACAGGAUAGUAGUCCUUUUGCAGAAGUUGGCUUCUGGCGUGAAAAAUAUGAUGACUUAAGUGCUCUUAUUGAAAAGACCAAGCUUCCAGAAGUGCAAAAAGUCUUGGAAAUAUUACAGGAAGCUAAAUCUGAGCAUAUUGGAGAUUUACAAAGAGUCUUAAGUGACCUCAGAAAGCAUCAAGUGGAAGCUCUAGAUAAUGUUAAGUUGCUUUCAACUCUGGAAUGCUAUUUGAAGAAAAUAGCAUAUGGCACUGGGUUUGAUGUUGCCUUGGAUACAAUUCCUUUACUGAUGAAUGCCCUGAAAGUGCUAUGGAUUAUCUCACACCAUUAUGGCAAGGAUGAAUGGAUGGCACCCCUCAUGGAAAAAAUAGCAAGGGAAAUUUCAAUGAGAGUCUACAAAGAUGUGGAUACGCACACACUGUUUAAAGAAGACAGAGCUGCUGCAAAACAGAAAAUGGCAGAAGCCAAAAGCACUCUUGAACAAUGGAAGAAAAGCUAUUUUGCUGUUCGUGCCCAAAUUGAAGAAUCAGCAUGUGGGAGGCACUGGGAAUUUGACCAAAAAUGUUUAUUUGAAAAAACAGAUUAUAUGACUUCAGUCUGUCAAGAUCUAUAUGAUGUUUUGCAGGUCAUUGAAGAGUUUCACAAUAUAUUUAUUCCUCAACUGAGAAUUGUCACAGAGGAUCUGAAGCAUAUUGAUGAUCUAGUGAGACAAGUAAAUGAACUGACUAGUCCUUUGGAAGAACUGACAUUUGACCUUUUUAGCAUUGAAAAGACACGUGACUGGAAAUUAAUUAUGGAAGAAUUUGGAAAAGAAGUUUCAGUUAUUGAAGAAGAGACAAAAAACUUAAUUGAUGAAUCUUUUAAGAGCCUUCGAUCAGCAGAAGCUGCAUUUGACAUGCUCUUAAAAUUCAAACACAUCUACUGUCGUGAAGCAAUUAAACAGCAGAUGAUGAUGAAGUUCAUUGAUGUUUUGGACCAAUACUGUAAAGAGGUUAAAACUGUUAAGAAAAUCUUUGCUCAGAAAUUCAAGGAUCCACCUUUGUGCAAGAAUCAUCCUCCAGUGGCUGGAGCAAUAUACUGGUCCCGAUCCCUUUUCCAUGGGAUCAAACACACUAUUGCUCGAUUUCAGGAAGUAGAGGAGUUGCUUGGCAGUGAACGUGGAAAGGAGGUAAAACAAAUGUAUCUUCAAGUGGCCAAGAGGAUGAAAGAGUAUGAAAGUGAAAAAUACAGUCAGUGGAGAAUGGAGACAGAGCACAUCCUCCCACAGUUACUCAGAGAUACUCUGCUGACUGUCAUCACUGGGGAGGCUGCAACCCAUGUUAAUCCAGAGACUUCUGAGCAGAGCUCUGCAACAGAGGAUCCUGCCACCACUAAGAGCAGCAUCCACUUCAUUGUGAAUUUUUCUCCCAGACUCCAAGAGCUUAUAAUUGAAACCAAGUACAUGGAACAACUAGGGCUGCCAGUCCCAGAAAUGGCAAAAUAUGUGGCAUUACAGGAGGACAAAUACCUUAGAUAUAAAAAUAGAUUGGAACACAUGCUGGAUCAGUAUCACAGAUUAUUGGGAACACUGAAUGAAGCAGAAACCAAACUUCUUUAUGACUAUAUUCAAGAACUCUGGAGCGUAUUCAAAUCAGGGCACAGAAGAGUCACAUGGAACUCUGCAGGUGUGGAUGAGUUUAUUUUCCGGAGUUCCCAGGCCAUCAAGGAGUUUGAAUCACUUGUCCAUCAGAUUCAUAAUCACUCUGAAGACAUAAGCAACAAACUUCUGUUCAUAGAAUCAACAAAUCUCUUUAAGUUUCCACUGUCAAAAAAUGGUGAUAAACUUCCUGAAGCAAAAGAAUUUUUUGAGUAUGUGAAGUGUGAGAGAGCGAAAGAUGUGGCACACAUGGUUAGGAAGUACACUGCCAUUCCACAGUUGCUCAUGGAAGUGGAAAACCAAGUUGCCAAUACAAAAAGUGGCAAAUCUCCAAAAUUAACUUCCUAUUUUGCCUACUGGGAAAACAGGAUUUAUCAGGUGUUGACACAGUUAAUUUUGAAGAAUUUGCAGGCUUUUAAUGCAGCUGUUCUUGCAAAUGUGCCACUGCUCCAAGCAGAAGCUCUUUUAUCUGCUCAUGAGAUAAUCUUGCAACCUAGUGCCAGUGAGAUUGACAAAAUGGCUGCACAAUGUGUUCAAGACUGUGUUGAGGUCACCAAGCAUUUUGUACGGUGGAUGCAUGGUACAUGUAUUGAGUGCCCUCCUCAGCCUGUAAACGAAGAUGAAGUUACCACUUUCAGCUUUUACAGUGACAUUUCCCAGAACCCUCUGGUGGUUGAACAGGCUGUUCUCAUCACUCAGAAUGUCCACAAACCCCUGGCUUCUCUCAGCAAGUAUUUGAACCAAUGGAAGAGGUAUGAGAGGCUGUGGAAAUCAGACAAAGACAAAGUAAUGGAAAAGUUAGCUGCAGAAAAGGCUGCUUGUGUCACCUUUGAUGAUGAGUUGCAGUUCUAUUCAAAGGUAGCUGAAGAAGUGGCUCAACAGCCUUUGAUUAAAGAUGAGCAGUUUAUCAGGCUUCAGCUGGCUCCUUUAGCCUGCACACUGCAGGAACAUGCUAGAGUCUGGAUGUCUUCACUUGGGAAGUUGCUUAAUAAGUCUGCAAGAGAGGAACUCCUCAGUCUUGAGGAGAAGAUUCAGAGCUUAUCACAGAGUCUUAAGAUAUGUCCGGAUUCCCUGGAUGAUCUGAGAAUUGUCCUUGGCACAAUUGCACAGAUCAGGCUCAUGUCCUUCGAUGUGGAACUGAAAUACUUAGACAUAUGGGAGAGAUACCAAACUCUUACAAUGUAUAAUAUUUCAGUAGAUGAAGAGGAGCAAGAGAUGGCCAACAAGAUUAAGGAGAAGUGGGAGGCUCUCUUCUUUGAAGCAUCAGAAGUUAAUCACAACCUUGGAGGCAUAAAAACAACAUUUGCAAAGGUUACACAGCAACAGGUUGAGGACUACCACAAAGAGACAGAAAAUUUCUUCCAAAAAUUCAUGACCGAAGGGCCUGGUGCUGUUGGAGAAAAUCUUGAUAAAGGAUUGGAACUGUUGGCCAUUUUUGAGAAAGAACUGGAACGCCUGGAACGAAAUAAGCAGGAACUGGGCAGUGUUGAGAAACUUUUAGACAUGCCAGUUACAGCAUACUCUGACUUACUGCAAGCACAGAAACAUAUGAGAGGUCUAAAGCAGAUCUAUGAAAUUUAUGAAUUACAAAAGGCAGCUAAGAAGGAAUGGUCUCAGACACUCUGGAUAGACCUCAAUGUCCAGGUUCUUCAGGAAGGAAUUGAAAGAUUCCUUAAAGCCUUUCGAAAGCUGCCCAGAGACGUUCGCAGCCUGCCCGUGGCCUUCCACCUGGAAAAGAAAAUGAAGGCUUUUCGAGACUCCAUCCCUUUGUUGCUUGAUUUGAAAAAUGAAGCUUUAAGAGAAAGGCAUUGGCAAGAUCUCAUGGAGAGAACAGGAACAAGUUUUGAAAUGAAAACAGAAACAUUCACUUUGGAGAAUCUAUUUGCUAUGGAACUUCACAGAUACUCAGAUGUUCUUGCAGAAAUAGUUGGAAGUGCUGUUAAGGAACUUAGCAUUGAGAAGGGUGUAAAGGAAAUAACAGAAACGUGGGAACACCUGAAAUUCACUGUACAGAUGUACUUCAAAGGCACUGAGCAGAGAGGCUUUAUUCUGGCGUCUGUAGAUGAAAUUUCAGAGAUUCUUGAUGACAACAAUGUCAAUCUUCAGAGUAUCUUGAGCAGUCGAUUUGUGGGUCCUUUCCUUUCCACUGUUCACCGCUGGGAAAAAACUCUGUCAUUGAUUGGUGAAGUAAUUGAGAUCUGGAUGGUGGUUCAGAGAAAAUGGAUGUACCUGGAGAGCAUCUUUAUUGGUGGAGAUAUCAGAUCACAACUUGAAGAGGAAGCCAAAGUAUUUGACAGCGUAGACAGUUUGUUUAAAAAGAUAAUGGAAGAAACUGUAAAAGAUCCAACGGUAAAAAACUGCUGUGAAGCCCCAAAUCGUCUCUCAGACCUCCAUCAUAUAAGUGCUGUGCUGGAGAAAUGUCAGAAAAGCUUGAAUGAUUAUUUGGAUUCCAAACGAAAUGCUUUCCCAAGGUUUUUCUUUAUAUCUGAUGAUGAGUUGCUUAGUAUCCUUGGCAGCAGUAGCCCACUCUGUGUCCAGGAACACAUGAUAAAGAUGUAUGAUAAUGUAGCCUCCCUGAGGUUUCAUGAUGCUGAAAAUGAUAAGAUGAUGGCAACAGCCAUGAUUUCAGCGGAGGGGGAGGUGAUGGAGUUCAGGAAGGCUGUAGCUGCAGAAGGCAGAGUGGAGACUUGGAUGACAGCAGUGCUGGAGGAAAUGAGAAGAACGAACAAACGUCUCACCAAGGAAGCGAUUUUUCGAUACUGCGAAGACAGAAGCAGAGUUGAUUGGAUGUUACUGUUCCAAGGCAUGAUGGUGCUGGCUGCUAACCAGGUGUGGUGGACUUGGCAGGUAGAGGAUGUCUUCCAGAAAGUGAAGAAGGGAGAAAAACAGGCAAUGAAACUUUAUGCUAAAAAGAUGCAUCAGCAGAUUGCUGAGCUGGUUACCCGCAUUACAAAGCCUCUGAGCAGCAACGACAGGAAGAAAUACAACACGGUUCUCAUCAUCGACGUUCACGCCAGAGACAUUGUCGAUGCGUUUGUCAGAGACGGCAUCCUGCAGGCUCAGGAGUUUGAGUGGGAAAGCCAGCUGCGCUUCUACUGGGAGCGGGAGCCGGAUGAUCUGUGCGUGCGGCAGUGCACGGGCUCCUUCUCCUAUGGCUACGAGUACAUGGGCUUGAACGGGCGCCUGGUCAUCACCCCUCUUACAGACCGCAUCUAUCUCACACUCACACAGGCUUUAUCGAUGUAUUUGGGAGGAGCACCAGCAGGGCCAGCAGGUACAGGGAAAACAGAAACAACCAAGGAUCUGGCCAAAGCGCUGGGCUUGCUGUGUGUAGUGACAAACUGUGGAGAAGGCAUGGAUUUCAAAGCAGUUGGUAAAAUUUUGUCUGGUCUUGCCCAGUGUGGAGCAUGGGGAUGCUUUGAUGAAUUCAAUCGUAUUGAUGCUUCUGUGCUUUCAGUCAUUUCUUCUCAGAUUCAGACUAUUCGAAAUGCUUUAAUGAAUCAGUUGGAAAGAUUUCAGUUUGAAGGGCAGGAAAUUACCCUUGACAGCCGAAUGGGCAUUUUUAUUACAAUGAAUCCUGGUUAUGCUGGUCGGACUGAGCUCCCUGAGUCUGUAAAAGCUUUGUUCAGGCCUGUGGUUGUUAUUGUACCAGAUCUUCAGCAAAUCUGUGAAAUCAUGCUCUUUUCUGAAGGGUUCCUUACAGCAAAGAUCCUUGCCAAAAAGAUGACAGUGCUGUACAAGCUGGCAAGGGAACAACUUUCUAAACAGCAUCAUUAUGAUUUUGGACUGCGGGCCCUUAAAUCUGUGUUAGUGAUGGCUGGAGAACUGAAAAGAGGAUCAGCAGACCUCAGUGAGGAACUUGUACUGAUGAGAGCUCUACGAGAUAUGAAUCUUCCUAAACUUGUGUUUGAAGAUGUACCUCUCUUCCUUGGCUUAAUCUCAGACCUGUUUCCUGGCCUGGAUUGCCCUCGAGUCCGCUACCCUGACUUUAAUGAUGCUGUAGAACACGUGCUGAAAGAAGGGGGUUAUGUUGUUUUACCAGUCCAGGUGGAUAAAGUAGUUCAGAUGUAUGAGACAAUGUUGACUCGUCACACUACAAUGAUAGUUGGACCUACUGGAGGUGGCAAGUCAGUCGUCAUUAAUGCUUUGUGCCAGGCACAGAAAAAGCUGGGAUUAUUUACAAAGCUUUACACACUGAACCCUAAAGCUAUGAGUGUGAUUGAGCUGUAUGGGAUCCUUGACCCUGCCACACGAGACUGGAAAGAUGGAGUCCUGUCAAACAUUUUUCGGGAAAUCAACAGGCCUACUGACAGGAAGGAGCGAAGGUACAUCCUUUUUGAUGGAGAUGUGGAUGCUCUCUGGGUUGAAAACAUGAAUUCUGUCAUGGACGACAACAAGUUAUUGACCCUGGCAAAUGGGGAGAGAAUUAGACUUCAGUCACACUGUGCUUUAUUGUUUGAGGUUGGUGACUUACAGUAUGCAUCUCCUGCCACGGUAUCCCGCUGUGGAAUGGUGUUUGUAGAUCCUAAAAAUCUGAGAUAUACACCCUACUGGCAAAAGUGGAUCCAAAGCAGAGAAAAUGAGCAAGAGAGAAUUGAGUUGGAUCGUCUCUAUCAAAAGUACGUGCCUUAUCUUAUCGAUUUGAUUGUAGAGGGAAUUGUGGAUGGCAACCAGGGAGCAAGGCUGAAGACCAUUGUUCCUCAGACAGAUUUAAAUAUGGUGGUGCAGUUGACUGUGAUGCUGGAAGCUCUGCUUGUGGCACGGUCUCAUGAUCCCGAUGUUCUGGAGUGUUUUUUCUUGGAGGCUUUGUAUUUCUCCUUAGGUGCUUCUCUUCUUGAUGCUGAGAGAAUUAAAUUUGAUGAACAUGUUAAACGUAUUUCCUGCAUGUCUACUGUUCAUGAUGAUAACAUCCUGGCUAAGCCAGGAGAGCUGCCAGGUCAGCUACCAACUUUAUAUGACUUUCAUUUUGAUGGAUUAAAAAAAAAGUGGGUACCUUGGAUGAAACUUGUUCCUGAAUAUGUUCAUAAUCCUCAAAUGAAAUUUCUUGACAUCCUAGUGCCUACAGUGGAUACAACACGUUCUACUUGGUUAUUAGAACAGAUGGUAAAAAAGAAACACGCAGUUCUUUUUGUAGGUGAAUCGGGUACAUCUAAAACAGCAACUACACUAAACUUCCUGAACAAUCUGAACAAAGACCUUCAUCUGCUGCUGGUCAUUAACUUCUCUUCUCGUACAACAUCCAUGGACAUUCAGAGAAACCUGGAGACAAAUGUAGAGAAACGAACUAAGGACACUUAUGGGCCUCCUAUGGGAAAGCGUCUCAUUGUGUUCAUGGAUGACAUGAAUAUGCCAAAGGUUGAUGAGUAUGGCACACAGCAGCCCAUUGCCUUGUUGAAGCUGCUGCUGGAAAAAGGUUUCAUGUACGACCGUAUCAAGGAGAUGAACUGUAAACUUUUUCGAGACCUGGGUUUUGUUGCUGCCAUGGGGAAGGCUGGAGGAGGUCGGAAUGAAGUUGACCCUCGAUUCAUCUCGCUCUUCAGUGUUUUUAACAUACCUUUUCCUUCUGAACAAUCCCUGAAUCUGAUCUAUGCCUCCAUCCUGAAAGGCCACACCACGGUGUUCAAUGACUCUAUAUCAGCCAUCUAUGAAAAGAUUACUGUGUGUACUUUGGAGCUUUAUAAACGAAUUAUUCGUGACCUGCCCCCUACUCUUUCCAAAUUCCAUUACAUUUUUAACCUGCGAGAUCUUUCCAGGGUCUAUAAUGGACUUAUUCUUACAACUCCAGAGAGGUUUCAAACAGUGACCCAGAUGGUGAGAGUCUGGAGAAAUGAGUGCCUGAGGGUUUUCCAUGACAGGCUGAUUGAUGAAGUAGACAAAGCUUUGGUACAAGGCCAUAUCAAAAACCUGAUUGAAGAGAAUUUCAGCUAUGACUUGGAGGAGGCCAUGAGGGAUCCUAUCCUUUUUGGAGAUUUCAGGAUGGCACUGAAUGAAGGAGAACCUCGUCUCUAUGAAGACAUCCAAGACUAUGACGCAGCAAAAGCUGUCUUUCAGGAGAUUUUGGAGGAAUAUAAUGAAGUUAAUAUCAAAAUGAAUCUGGUGCUUUUUGAUGAUGCUUUGGAGCACUUAAUCCAUGUACAUCGCAUCAUACGGAUGGAUCGUGGCCAUGCCCUGCUCAUAGGAGUGGGAGGCUCAGGAAAACAGUCUCUAGCCAGACUGGCUGCCUAUACAGCUGGAUGUGAGAUAUUUGAGAUCAUCUUGAGUCGAGGAUAUGGAGAAAGCAAUUUCCGAGACGAUUUGAAAAAUUUGUACCAGAAGCUGGGACUUGAGAACAAGUCAAUGGUCUUCUUGUUUACAGAUGCCCAUGUAGCAGAAGAGAGUUUCUUGGAACUCAUCAACAACAUGUUAACUUCAGGGAUGGUGCCAGCCCUUUUUGCAGAUGAUGAAAAAGACUCCAUACUGACUCAGAUUGGAGAGGAAGCUAAUAAGGCUGGUGUGAACCCAGCUAAAGAGAGUGUCUGGCAAUAUUUUCUAAGCAAAUGUGCAAGCAACCUACACAUUGUCCUGGGAAUGUCCCCAGUUGGGGACAGUCUGAGAACGUGGUGCAGAAAUUUCCCAGGUCUUGUCAACAACACUGGUAUUGACUGGUUCAUGCCCUGGCCCCCCCAGGCCUUGUAUGCAGUUGCACAAUCCUUUGUUGGGAAUAACAAACGCAUCCCAUCAGAAAGAUCCAAGUCAGUGGUUGAGCACAUGGUCAUGGUGCAUGAGUCUGUGGGUGAUUUCAGCAAGAGGUUUAUGCAGAAACUGAGACGUAGGAACCAUGUCACCCCAAAGAAUUACCUCGAUUUUAUCAAUAAUUAUCAAAAAUUGCUGGAGGAGAAAAAUCAGUACAUUUUAGCACAAUGUAAACGGCUGGAUGGGGGCUUGGUUAAACUGAAGGAAGCCAGUAUACAGCUGGUUGAGCUCAACAAGAAACUUGCUGAGCAAAGGAUUGUGCUAGCAGAAAAAUCAGCUGCCUGUGAGGCUUUGUUAGCAGAGAUUUCAACAAACACACAAAUAGCUGAGGAGAAGAAAAAACUGGCUGAAGAAAAAGCUGUGGAGUUAGAGGAACAGAAUAAGCAUAUUGCUGUGGAGAAGGCAGCUGCUGAGGCAGCUUUGGCUGAAGUCAUGCCUAUUUUAGAAGCUGCCAAACUGGAGCUUCAGAAGCUUGACAAGUCUGAUGUUACUGAAAUCAGAUCCUUUGCAAAACCCCCUAAGCAGGUGCAGGGUGUUUUGGAUUGUGUUCUUAUAAUCAGAGGCUACAAAGAAAUAAACUGGAAGACAGCCAAAGCAAUGAUGUCUGAGGCCAAUUUCCUGCGGUCCCUGAUGGAGAUAGAUUUUGAUGGGAUUACUCAGAGCCAAGUGAAAUCUGUCCGAGGUUUGUUAAAGACCCUUAAUACUAGCUUCAAUGAAAUGGAACUUGUUAGCAGAGCAGGACUGGGAAUGUUAAAGUUUGUUGACGCAGUGAUGAGCUACUGUGAUGUAGUUAAAGACGUCAAGCCGAAGAGACUGAAGGUGGCUAGGCUGGAAAAGACCUAUUACACAAGCAAGCGGAUACUGGAAAAGCUAAAGGCAGAGUUGGCUGCCAUUCAGGAUGAGCUGAAAGCUUUGGGGGACAAAUACCAAGAGGCAAUAAGAGAAAAGCAGCAGUUACAAGAAGAGGCAGAGAUUAUGCAGAGAAGAUUAGAAGCUGCUGACAAGCUCAUCUUUGGCUUGAGAUCUGAGAACAAGAGGUGGACAGAGGAAUUAGAGGAGUUUGAAAUACGAAAGGUGGAGUUGCUUGGAGACUGUCUACUUUGUGCUGCCUUUCUGAGCUAUGAAGGAGCAUUCAACUGGGAUUUUCGAAAUGAAAUGAUCUAUCAAGUGUGGCAAGAGGACAUCCUCUCACGAAAGAUUCCUCUGGGUCAACCAUUCAAGUUGGAAAGCCUCCUGACUAAUGAGGUGGAGGUUAGCAGGUGGGUUUCCCAGGGAUUGCCUCCAGAUGAGCUCUCCAUCCAGAAUGGCAUCCUGACCAUGUAUGCGAGCCGCUUCCCGCUCUGCAUUGACCCACAGCAACAGGCUUUACACUGGAUUAAGAAGAAAGAAGAAAAAAAUAACCUGAAGAUGGCUUCCAUUUAUGACCCAGAUUUCCUUAAGCAACUAGAACUGGCCAUAAAGUAUGGAAGCCCUUUCUUGUUGCAUGGUGUCGACGAAUACAUUGAUCCCGUGAUAGACAAUGUCUUAGAGAAGAAUAUCAAGGUUGCACAGGGGAGAACAUUUGUUGUGCUGGGUGACAAAGAAAUCGACUAUGACAGUAAUUUUAGAUUGUACCUGAACACCAAGUUAGCAAACCCAAGGUAUUCUCCCUCUGUGUUUGGCAAAGCUAUGGUUAUCAAUUACACAGUUACACUGAAGGGCCUGGAGGAUCAAUUGCUCAGUGUCAUUACGGGGUUUGAAAGAAGGGAGUUGGAAGAACAGAGAGAACAGCUAAUUCAGGAGACAAGUGACAACAAAAACCUGCUGAAAGAUCUGGAAGACUCUCUCCUUCGGGAGCUGACAUCUUCCACAGGAAACAUGUUGGACAACUUGGACCUAGUGCAAACCCUGGAAGAGACAAAAUCCAAAGCUACAGAGGUGAUAGAAAAGCUGAAGCUGGCAGAGACGACGGCGAGGGAUAUCGAUCGCCUGCGAGAUGGCUACAGACCAGCUGCCAAGAGGGGGGCCAUUUUGUUCUCUGUUCUGUCUGAAAUGGCUCUUGUCAACACCAUGUAUCAGUACUCACUGGUUGCCUUCUUAGAGGUUUUUGGAUUCUCUCUUCGGAAAUCCAUGCCCAGUCCUAUUCUUCCAAAGAGGUUAAAAAACAUCAUGGAUACGCUGACCUUCAAUACCUACAACUAUGGCUGCACAGGUUUGUUUGAGAAGCACAAGUUACUAUUCUCCUUUAAUAUGACCAUCAGGAUAGAGCAAGCUGAUGACAGACUAACCCAAGAAGAACUCGAGUUCUUUUUGAAAGGCAAUAUUUCCCUGGAGAAGAGUGCACGAGAGAAACCCUAUGCUUGGCUUCCAGAUCAGGGCUGGGAAGACCUAAUUCGCUUGUCUGAAGUAUUUCCUGAGAAAUUUGAGUCUCUUCCAGAUGAUGUGGAAAAAAAUCCAGAUAUAUGGAAAAAUUGGUAUGAUGCAGAUGCUCUGGAGCAGCUGCCACUCCCCAUGCAGUACCAGGACAGUCUCAGCAGCUUUCAGAAGCUCCUACUUUUCCGGUGUUUCCGAGUGGACCGGCUGUAUCGGGCGGUGACUGACUAUGUCACUGUGACCAUGAGUGAGAAGUAUGUGCAGCCCCCUGUGAUCAGCUUCAAAGCCAUCUUUGAGCAGAGCACUCCUUCCUCACCAGUUGUUUUUAUCUUAAGUCCUGGCUCUGAUCCUGUCAGUGACCUCAUGAAACUGGCCGACAAGACAGGCUUUGGAGGAGACAGACUCAAAUUGCUGGCCAUGGGACAAGGCCAAGAGAAGAUUGCUUUGCAGAUGCUGGAGGACGCAGUGGUUCGUGGAGAGUGGCUCAUGUUGCAGAACUGUCACCUUUUGGUCAGGUGGCUUACUGAUCUGGAGAAGGCCCUGGAGAAGAUCACAGAGCCUCACCCAGACUUUCGGCUCUGGCUGACGACUGACCCGACCGAGGGCUUCCCGAUUGGAAUACUGCAGAAGUCCCUAAAGGUUGUGACAGAACCACCCAAUGGUCUGAAGCUGAAUAUGAGAGCCACCUACUUUAGAAUUCCCCAGGAAGCCUUACAGCAGUGCCCACAUCCUGCCUUCAAACCUUUAGUCUAUGUCUUGGCAUUUUUCCAUGCUGUGAUUCAGGAGAGAAGGAAGUUUGGAAAAAUUGGCUGGAAUGUUCCAUACGAUUUUAAUGAAUCUGAUUUCCAGGUCUGCAUGGAAAUUCUUAACACAUACUUGACAAAAGCUUUCGAACAGAAUGAUGAUGAAAUUCCCUGGAACAGUCUCAAGUAUCUUAUUGGUGAGGUCAUGUAUGGUGGGCGUGUGAUUGACAGCUUUGACCGGCGCAUUCUGACGGUCUAUGUGGAUGAGUACCUGGGGGACUUCUUAUUUGACACCUUCCAAACAUUUCAUUUUUAUAAAGACGACAAGGUUGAUUACAGAAUUCCACACGGGGCUGGAAAGGAUGCCUUUGUUGAGGCAAUCGAAGCCCUGCCCCUUGCCAACACCCCCGAGGUGCUGGGUCUUCAUGCCAAUGCGGAGAUCGGAUUUAACACCCAGGCCGUGCGCGAGAUGUGGGCUCAUCUCCUGGAGCUGCAGCCUCAAACAGGUGAAACUAGUACAGGCAUUAGUCGAGAUGAAUAUAUUGCAAACAUUGCUAAGGAUAUAGAAAACAAAAUUCCACCAGUAUUCAACCUGGACAAGAUCAAGAGGGGUUUAGGCCCAGAGAUCUCCCCCACCACGGUGGUGCUGCUGCAGGAACUGGAACGUUUUAAUAAGCUGCUCGUUCGAAUGGCAAAGUCACUGGCUGAACUGCAACGCGCCCUGUCUGGGGAAGUUGGGAUGAGCAGUGAACUGGAGGAUGUGGCUCGGGCGCUCUUUAACGCGCAGAUUCCCGGCAUCUGGCGGCGCCUCGCUCCUGACACGCUGAAAACACUUGGAAAUUGGAUUAUUUUCUUUAGAGCUCGGUAUAACCAGUACACCAGCUGGGUUGAGGACUGUGAGCCCAAAGUGCUGUGGCUCUCGGGCCUGCACAUCCCAGAAUCGUACCUGAUGGCUCUUGUUCAGGCCACCUGCAGGAAGAACAAGUGGCCCCUGGAUCACUCCACCCUCUACACAGAGGUCACUAAGUUCAGGAAUGCAGAAGACGUCACUGAAGAGUCUACUCAAGGCUGCUUUGUUUCUGGUCUGUACCUGGAAGGAGCAGACUGGGACACAGAGCGCAGCUGCCUCAUUAAGAGCAAGCCCGGGGUGCUGGUGGUGGAGCUGCCCAUUCUGAAGAUCAUCCCCAUCGAGGCACACAGGCUCAGGCUCCAGAACACCCUCCGGACACCUGUGUACACAACCUCCCAGAGAAGGAAUGCCAUGGGUGUUGGCCUCGUGUUUGAAGCUGAUCUUUACACUAAAAGGCACAUUUCCCAUUGGGUCCUUGGAGGUGUUUGUCUCACCUUGAACACAGACUGA